AUGUGCCAAUUUGUUUUUCCAUGGUGUCUCCACAGAAUUCCACUGAAGAGGCACAAGUCGAUCCGGCAAAGGAUGAGGGAGAAAGGGAUGCUGCCGGAAUUCUGGGAGCACAACAAGUUGGAUCUGAUCCAACGCGGCAACACUCAACAAUGUUCCACACUGCAGACAUCGACUGAACCUCUUCUCAACUACAUGGAUACGCAGUACGCAGGGAUCAUUUCCAUCGGCACACCGCCACAGAACUUCACAGUCGUAUUUGACACCGGCUCAUCCAACCUGUGGGUGCCAUCCAUCUACUGCUACAGUGCAGCCUGCAAGCAACACAACAAAUUUAUCCCAGAGAACUCCUCGACGUACAAGAGAGAUGGCCGCCCGUUCUCGAUCCAUUAUGGUACGGGCAGCCUCUCCGGAGUUCUUGGAAUGGACACAGUGAACGUUGAAGGUCUCUCCGUGGUGGGCCAGAUAUUUGGUGAGAGCGUGACAGAGCCAGGCGCCACCUUCGAGCAUUCCCCGUUCGAUGGCAUCCUCGGUCUGGCCUACCCAUCCAUCGCCGCAGCCGACGCCACUACGGUGUUCGACAACAUGAUGGCAGAAGACCUGGUGGCCCUCCCCCUGUUCUCUGUCUUCCUCUCCAGGAACCCCAACGAUGAGUCGGGCAGCGAGAUCGUUUUUGGCGGAUUCGAUAUUUCUCAUUUCACCGGGGAACUCCACUGGGUUCCUGUAACCCACCAAGGAUACUGGCAAAUCCGGCUAGACGGUGUGGAGGUGGGGGGUGCCCUUGUGUUGUGUGAGGGUGGAUGUAAAGCCAUUGUAGACACGGGGACAUCACUCCUGACGGGCCCCACCAGCAGUAUCGCGGUGAUUCAGGACAGGAUCGGCGCGGCGACCAGUGGUGACGGGACGGCAGCCGUCGAUUGCAACCGUCUAGACGCCAUGCCUGACAUCACCUUCAUCAUAGGAGGCGUCAAGUACGUUCUACCUCCAGAGGCGUACGUACUUCAGGAGGCCGCUGAAUGGGGACAAAUGUUCUGCACCAGUGGGUUCCAGGGCAUGGACAUCCCCCCUCCCGCUGGGCCCCUCUGGAUCCUCGGAGAUGUCUUCAUCGGUCAUUACUACGCUGUGUUCGACAGAGGCAACAACAAAGUGGGGCUGGCCAAAUCUGUCCCGUGA